AUGAGGCGCCGAUCGACAUCAAAGAAAUACCUGGCGCUACAGGAGGAGCAUUACGCAUUAAAGGAGAUCUGUAGUGAGCAAGAACGAACUCUGGAGGAACUUGGGGGACAAUUGAGCACGGCCAAAUUGGUAGCCGUCGAAUUACGCGAGGCCGCUGACAACGCUCAACAGCAGCAACAGCAGCAAGAUGGCGCAGCAACGUGGGCGAACGAUCGUCUGGUCAGCCAUUGCAAAAGCUGCAACCGUGAGUUCAACAUCACUCGUCGCAAGUUAUUGAGACAGUAA